AUGGCGGUUGGAAAGAACAAGAGACUCUCCAAGGGGAAGAAAGGUCUCAAGAAGAAGACCGUCGACCCCUUCUCCCGCAAGGACUGGUACUCUAUCAAGGCACCCAGCUCCUUCAGCGUCCGAGAUGUCGGCAAGACCCUUGUGAACCGUACCACUGGUCUCAAGAACGCAAACGAUGCUUUGAAGGGCCGCAUCGUCGAGGUCUCUCUGGCCGAUCUCCAGAAGGAUGAAGAGCACUCCUUCCGCAAGGUUCGCCUCCGCGUCGACGAGGUCCAAGGCAAGAACUGCCUGACCAACUUCCACGGCUUGGACUUCACUUCCGACAAACUUCGAUCUCUGGUUCGCAAGUGGCAGACUCUGAUCGAAGCCAAUGUCACUGUUAAGACGACUGAUGACUACCUCAUUCGUCUUUUCGCCAUCGGAUUCACCAAGAGACGGCCCAACCAGAUCAAGAAGACCACCUAUGCCGCUUCUUCCCAGAUUCGAGCCAUCCGACGCAAGAUGACCGAUAUUAUUCAGCGUGAAGCUUCCAGCUGCACCCUUACUCAGUUGACGUCGAAACUGAUCCCUGAGGUUAUUGGCCGCGAGAUCGAGAAAUCCACCAUUGGCAUUUAUCCUCUGCAAAACGUGCACAUUCGCAAGGUUAAGCUUCUGAAGGCCCCAAAGUUCGACUUGGGUGCCUUGAUGGCCCUUCAUGGUGAGUCGGGGACGGACGAUCAGGGCCAGAAGGUUGAGCGGGAGUUUAAGGAACGAGUUUUGACUGAGGUUUAA